GUUUUUUAGUCUUCCGACGUAAGUACGCUGUGGUAGUGUAGUACGGUAUAUUUGCCGGCGGUGUAAUUAUGUCUUUUAACUGAUAAUUGUCUUGUUUAUUUCAAGAUGUUUAGAGUGUUGCACUAUCUACGGCGCUGUUUUACUUUUAUAAAGGUGUGACUAUCCGCAAUCAUGCCAGCCUCAAGCGGAGACCCAAUAAGUGCGGCGCUCAAGCAUUCUCUGGCAGCAAGCUCUAAAUUUACAUCUGAUGGUGACAGUUUGGACUCAAAACUUAUAGGAUCAGCAAAACAUGUAUUAUUGACUGAAAUCAAAUACGAUCAGACUGGAAGCUUUAGUAACACUGUUUUGGACUUAAAAUCAAAGUACAUUAUUCUCAAGCCCCCCACAAGCCUAGAAAAUGGUGAGAUAAAACUAAAAAACGGUUUAUCUAAAGGGAAAGAUGCCCCCAGUGAAGUGAAAACACCACCGUCUCCUGGAAAUAGUGGUAGCAGUAGUUGUAGUAGUAAUAAUAGUAGUAGUAGUAGCUGUUCUAAGCCGUCCAGCAGUUCAACAAAACCUGUGAGUCCUGGAAGUGGAUCAAAUAAGGCGGAUGCGGUUUUACCUUUACCCAAAAGAAUUUUGUUCCCACCUGAAAAAAUUCAGCUUGGUUGGCAGUCCAAAUCAGUGCCAAUUGGCUCAGGGAUGAUUAACUUGGGAAAUACGUGUUACCUGAAUUCAACUUUACAAGCGUUAUUUCAUGUGCCAGCCUUUGUGAAUUGGCUGCUAAAUGACAAAGCGCAUAAGGACAAAUGUGAAACGAUGAAUGGUUUGACACACACAGAGUGUUUAAUCUGCGCAAUGCUGAAAACACUUAAGUGCUCGAUGGAGAACAGUGCAUCAUCCAGUCCCAUCAGGCCACACCUAAUCUACAACAAACUGAAAUUGAUUUGUAAGAGGCUGAUCCACGGACACCAAGAGGAUGCUCAUGAGUUUCUGCGAUAUCUCAUAGAAAGCAUGGAUCGUUCCUACCUUAGGCUGAUGCAGGCAAAUAACCUGGACAGCUACAGUAAAGAGACCACGCCACUGAGUCAAAUAUUUGGUGGUUAUCUGCGAACUGAAGUGAGGUGUCUGGAAUGCCGGAACAUCUCCCUGACAUUCCAGCACUUCCAGGACCUGCUGCUGGACAUCCGGCAGGCGACGACAGUGGACGAGGCACUGGAGGCGUACUUCAGUAGAGAGCGUCUUGGCGACGGUGAGGAGGCCUACCGUUGUGAUAAGUGUCACCGGCGUGUUGCCGCCACCAAACAGUUCACUGUCGAGAAACCACCCAAUGUACUUUGUAUACAACUCAAGAGGUUUGGAAUUAUGGGAGGCAAGAACAGCAGGCACAUACAAGUGCAGCAGACUCUGGACCUGACCAAGUUCUGGGUACAUCGGGCUGCCCACCCUGGCUGUCGCCUCAGCUACAAGCUCAUGUCUCUAGUCAUGCACAUCGGGCCCUCGACCAACUGUGGCCACUAUACCGCCAUUGGCCUCACUUCUUCUGGACAGCUCUACCUCUUUGACGACAGUGUGGUGCGACUUGUAUCAAACCAUGCUGUUAGUGGGAACAAUGUGUACAUCAUGAUGUAUGAGUUGGUCACUCCAAAUCCUUAUGUUAAGGGUACACCAACAAAAACAGCUGUUGGAAAUUGUACGGUAACCAAACCGAGCCCAGCAAGCAGCAAUGUCAACGGCACCAGUUCAUUCGGGAAGAGUGCACCAACGCCAUUGACAAAUGGCACCUAUGCUUCGGGUAAAGUCUCCCAGCCGUCCACGCCACUCAAGACGAUUCUAAAUUCGUCUGCCAAACCCACAUUCUCAGGGAAUCCCCUGUGCGCCAAGAACGGCCAGGCCUCCGCUCAAGCUAGCCACAAGAGCCUCGUCCCCUACUCGGCAGAGUCGAGCGAUAGUGAGUCGGAAACGACCGCAGCAAAACAAAAAACCUCUCUCGCUUUGACACCGGUAAAAAACGGAUUUGCGAAAGAAAAUUCAAGUUCUGCGAAAUUUAGUAACUGUACGGUGAACGGUUCAGUGUGUAAAACUAGUAACGGUGCCGUGAGUGUCAGUGCAAGUGGAAGUGAAAAGGUGGUGAACGGGUGGCAUGUCACAGUGGCCCAACGCAACCCCUCAGCUUGCUACAGCCCUCCACAAAACUGGGAUGUCAUUGACACCUCCAAAACCAAAAGCUGUGAGAAAGAAGAGCUUGGUCCGCUUAAGAAAUCUCCCGCUCACAAUGGAAUCAACGGUAGGGAAGACCACCAAACAACACCAAAGGAGAACGGCCACAGCUUACCAGACACCAUACCUGACGAGCACAAGAAUGGGGUCAUAAAAAACGGGCGGAUCCCGAAUGGGAAAAACUGGGAUGGCAGUCGAAGCAAUGGAACUGUGGAGUUUCUCAGGAAAAAUUCACAUCAAGGUUAUGGUACAAAUGUUUCAACAUGGAAUGGAAACAGAACACAAGUCGACAGAGAUGUUGAGAAUGACAGAAACCAACAGCGAAAGCGGUCCUAUGAUCAGAUGUAUAAUAAUGAAUAUGAUCAGGGAAAGGUAAAGAAGGUGAAAUCAAAUAGCCACUAUAUGAAAAACAGCGACCGAGACAUGAAUGGAAGGCGGAAUCUCUUCCAGGAACACCAAAACCACAAAAACAAUAACAACUGGUAUGGUGACAGGAACCACUUCUAUAGAGCAUACACCAACAACCACAUCAGGUCCUUUCAGAACAACAGGAAUCCCAAUUACCACUGGAAACGUUGAUCUUUGUAGUGGCUUUAGUUAGUGGUUAAAUUUUGUAUCUUUUAUGUGUAACUUAAAUAGUUCAGAAAACUUUUAUAUAGAGUGAUGAUGCUGUCCAUCAAUCUUCAUUAAGACUAUUACGGUUUUUGUUGAAUGUUUGAAUCCUGUAUGAAAUCCACAGAACUCAUUAUUAGAUUUCAACUGACUUUUAGGUGUGUACAAAUGUACAUUUUUAUAUGAGAAGUGAUGUAUGUAAGUUAAUGCUUGUGAAAAAGAAAAUACCAAUAUUUGCCACCUUGCAGUUGGUGUGAGAGAUUAAACAUUUUAUAAGUAA